AUGGCGGGUUCGAGUUCAAGCCGAGGAGACAACGAUUAUACGGUUAUGGAGACAGAUCCUACAGGGCGAUACACAAGGUACUGUAAGCUGAUUGAUGAAGGCGAUAAUAAAGAAGUCUAUUUGGGAUAUGACAACAAUAAUGGCAGAGAAGUUGCUUGGUGUAGGAAAUUUCUUAAACAUAAUGAUCUUCGUACUUUGGUUAGAGAAGCUAAGUUGUUGAAGAAAUUUAAUCAUCAGAAUAUAAUCAAAUGCUACCAUUAUUGGGUUGACGCUGAAACCACAGUUGAGUUCAAUAUGAUUACUGAGCUUUAUUCUGGGAAUUUGAACGAUUACAUUCAGAAACAUCAGGUUAAAGAAAACAGUCCUGAAAUCAAGAAAUGGUGUCAACAGAUUCUGACAGGGCUUGAUUUUCUUCACAGUCAAAAUGAACCGAUUAUUCUCAAUAAUCUCAAGCGCGAAAACAUCUUUGUUGUUGGAAAUUCAGGCAUGAUUAAGCUAGGAGAUUUGAUUGGCACGACGAUUCUUGCACCCAAGAGUAGUCCAAAGUAUGAUGCUAUUAUUACUCGAGUGAUAGAGCGGUCUGAGUUAUACUAUGUUGGGUUGUGCGCACUACAGAUGGUGAAUAAGGAUGCUGCAGACAGCACAGCGCGAACAAUGGAUAUGAGGCUUUGGAAAAAGGUACAAGACAAAGGGCUUAAGAGCUUCAUUGAAAUGUGUGUGUUUCCUGCAGAUGUCGGGACUACAGUAACUCAACUCCUGAAACACCCGUUUCUUGUGCCGAGGAAUGCGCCUUCUGGCAGCACAUCAGUACCACCUGUUGGGUCCUGGUCUACAAUUCAACUGCAGCCUGCUACCAUCACUAGUGCAGCUGCAGAGUCUGAAGGUGCUAUCGACGACAGUAACACUCGCAAUGCAGCAAGGUGA